AUGAACCUAUCCAACUCAGGUCGAGACAAGUGCUUACAAGCCGUAUUUAUGGAAACUCGCAGAGAAUUCAGUCCAGUAUCAAAACAAAACUCUCGAAACAAAAUCAGAAAAGCAAAGCUGAACAUGGAAAUCAAAACAAACAGCACAAAGCAACAUGGAAAAAAUGGAAUCAAGCCUUCAAUCUCGCCAUCUCGCUGGGUUGGCCCAAAAGCACAUGAAGAGUCUCGACUAGGAUAUGGUUACAACAAGAAUAAAUUCCUCGUCAUCAUUCAAGACUAUUGGCUCAGGACUGCAAAAAGGGCUCAAGGCAGAAACAAUGUGAACCACAAAGCAAGCGAUAAGGCAAUUUUUCAAGGGUUUUUUCUGUCUCUAGACUUCUUUGUCAGAGACAAUACCAACCAUUGGUCCGUCUAUCCAGAAGAUAAAGGAUACCAGAGAGAGUUUGUGAGCGGUUCUUGGUGUGGUAAGCCAAGAUCUGGUAGCUCCUCUGCCAUUUGGUGGUCAAAUCCUUUUGUGGUUGACCCCAUCGCUGCAAGUUGGCACAUUGUUUCUGCUGGAAGUUUGGUUGUUUACUGUUGGUGGUCUCGUAUACCUCCUGCUGGUGGUCAAGGUCCAAUCCGCCCGGUCAUCGAAGAACAUUUUGCAGUCCCGAGCCUGAAUCCUACUAGCAGAAUCCCUGAAAUGGUCAAGCCACGGUUUGCUUUUAUGUCCAAGUCCAAUUCCAAGUUUUGUCCAAGUCAAAGUCAAAGUCCAAAUGUCCAAACACUGUCCAAGUACUGUAGAGGCGCAUUUAUAUACAAGUCCAAAGUCUGGGUUGUACCUCCAAGUCUCAAGGCCAAGUCGAUUUCCAAGAAGGGGUCCAAUGCAAAAUUCCAAAAGCAAGUUCCAAAAGAAAAACCAAAAACCAAAUCCGAGGCCUAUACUAAGUCCUGUAAAAAAAACGGGCAUAUACUAAGUCCUCCUCUCCAAAAGGAUCAAAAGAAAUCCGAACUCGAGGCAUAUACUAAGUCCUCCAAUCCAAAAGGAUCAAAUCCAAAAACCGAGGCGUAG